AUGAAGUUCACCCCCCUCCUCAUCCUCGCCUCCGCCGCGCUCACCAUGGCCGCCCCCGCACCAGACCCAGCAGCGCUCGCAAAACAAGCCCGCAAAGGCCGCGUAACCGCCUCCUCGGGUCUAAACAGCCGCACGUGUCCCGACCACAAGCGUCCGAAAGACUGUCCUGUGAUAAAGGCCUAUCCGAAAGGCACAGUGUUAGGGCUGUUCUGCGCGGGACGAGGGAGCUCUGUUGAGGGCGAUACGAAGUAG